CUGAAUACAGUAACAUUGAAUUUCUUGCAUAUUAAUGCUUCAAAUCCACAAUGCUUGCUAACUUCCAUCUAAAAUUCAAGUAUAAUUACUUUUCUGUUGCAGGUAAAAAUGCAGGAAGCAGAUCUAGUAGCAAAAAUGCUUCGAGCUGUUCUCCAGUCUCAUAAAACUGGAGUACCCUUUUCCCAUUUGCAAGGCGAAUAUAAAUCUUUAACUGGAGAUUGGAUUCCUUUUAAGCAGCUGGGACAUGCUACAUUAGAGGGAUAUCUGAAGAGUAUGCCUGGAGUUGUUAGGAUUGAAAUUGGCAAAAGUGGUGAGGUAACUUGCCAUGCUGUUGUUUGCCAGGAGACUGCAAGGAUUGCUCAGCUUGUAGCCUGCCAGAGAACUUCCAAAAGAAAAUCAAAACGGCAAGUGAAUUGCCAGAUGAGGCUGAAAAAAACAACUCCCCUUGCCUCAGUAGGCAAGCCAAAGGGCACUCUGAGGAAACCUGGAUUAAUGCGUUUUUCAGAAGAGGUUAAGAGGGGUACAGUCCCACUGAGAGGCAAAGGAAGCUAUGCAGUUGUUAAACCUAGUAUGAGCCCUGCACCAUAUCCUUUAUCCCCUGAAUUUGGGGUGGCUGUCCCUAAUGAAGUUUUAAUACAAGGACAUGUGACCGUGGUGAACAGGCCUGAGAGAAGACUUGCGAUUCCGCCAAGGUUUCAAAAAGAGCUUCAAGUUCAUCUGACAAGAAAUGUGCCUUUAGACAUUAACGAAAAUGUAAAAGAACCAAGACAGUUAACGCAACCAGUCCCCCCUCGUAACUCAAAUACUGAUAUAAAUGAGAUUCAGAAAAGAAUAAAAGACAUCAUAAACCAAUUCAGCAAUGGAAUAUGGUUAUCGAAGAUACCACAGUUGUACAGAGAGGCAUAUGAUGAGGAUUUUAAUACAGCUUUGCUGGCACAGUUUGAAUACUGGCCUCAUGUUUGUGUGGCAGAGAAGGUAUGUUCAGGUGGCCAAAGAGAUAUACUUCUCAACCCUCCUGGGAAAAUGCAUCACCCAGGAAAGGGCAUUUCAAGCCAAGAAAGAAAGUCUCAGCCUCCAUUAAUAAAACAAAAUGUGGAAACUAAAGCUGCUACCCUUCAUGGAGACUUCAGGCAAAAUAUCUCUGCCAUCUUGAUAAAAUAUUCUAAUGGUCUUUGGGCUAAUGCACUCCCCAAAGUAUAUGAAGACACAUACAAAGCAGCAUUGCCUCAGAAUUUUCUGGACAACAUUGACUUACUCUCAGAUAUAUGUACAGUCAAUUAUAUUUCUGAAAAUCCAAAGAAGGCAAUUCUCUACGCAAAGCCAAAACAGCAGGCAGAGAAGAACCUGAAUAUUAUUGCUAAGAACUCCACAUGUGAAGACUUACAGAGACCAGCUGAACAACAGUCUACUAAGCCAAAGCAGGAAUCCCAAGAAGAAGAUUUGGAAAGUGUUUCUGUACCUCCUUUAAUUAUCCCAGCAGAAAUAUCACCAUCUGUGUUGGUAGUGGAACUAAGUUCUACAAAUGAAGUUGUUGUCAGAUAUGUGGGUGCAAACUAUUCUGCUGCCCAGGAAGCAAUGGAAGAUGAGAUGAAAGAUUGGUACAAUCAGAAUUCCUCAGCUUUGCAAAUCCAGUCUCCUAGAGUUGGACAGAUUGUUGCUGCGCUUGCAGAAGAAGACGCUUGGCUGCGGGCGCAGAUUGUUUCAACAGAGGGCAAUAGGCUAAAGGUAUGCUACGUUGAUUAUGGUUUUACUGAAAUCAUAGAAAAUUGCAGAGUGUACAAAUUAGCCAAGCAUUUCUAUAUAUUGCCAUUCCAGGCUUCCAAAUGUAAACUUGCUGGUUUAGAGGCCUUCUGUGACGAUCCAAUCUUGGUAAAGACAGUAGAGUCUCAAACUUGUGGCAAGAUAUUUGCUGUUGAAAUAUUGGAGAAAAGCAACAUUCCCCUUAUUAUCCUAUAUGACACAUCAGGCGAUGAUGACAUCAACAUCAAUGCCACUUGCCUAAAGGCUCUGCAUGAUAAAUCACUUGAGCUUCAUCUUCAGGUAGAUGCACUCUAUACGGAUGUCCGGGUAACCAAUGUUAACUCGGAUGGAACUUUAUAUUGUCAAGUGCCAUCAAAGGGCCUGACCAAGCUUUCUGAUGCUUUGCAAAAACUGGAAAACUAUUUCCGCCACAGGGUAACAGGGUAUUCUGUAUCACUACCUUAUUGUGGCAUGAUCUGCUUGCUUAACUGUAAAGGAAAAUGGGCCCGAGUGGAGAUAACAAAUGUUCACAGUAGCCGGACUCUUGAUGUUCAGUUUAUGGAUACCGGAACAGUAGCAUCUGUAAAAGUGCUGGAGCUGAGAGAGAUUCCCUCAAUAUUCCUGCGAGAAAUAAUUGCAAUACCACCUCAGGCACUAAAAUGCUGCUUGGCUGACCUUCCUCUUAAUAUUGGCAUGUGGACUCCAGAUGCUGUACUUUGGCUAAGAGAUACCGUAUUGAACUGUACUGACUGCAGCAUGAAGGUAGUUAAACUGGAUGACCAGAUUGCACACAUCUAUCUGUUUACACCAAAGAAUUUUCCAGACCCAGAUCGAAGUAUAAAUAGGCAGAUCACCAGUGCUGACUUGUGGAAGCAUCAGAAGGAUGCCUUUCUGAGUGUCACUCCCAGUAGUGUCCCUGGGAGAAGGGAAACAGAUUUACCAGCAGUGUCAGACUUAGGGCCCAAACAGAGCUCCACAGAUACAGUUCGUCAUAUUCUGGAGUCCAGCAAGGUUGAAACCACCUUGAAUAUGCCACCACCAUUGCCACUUGUCCAACCCCAGGAACAGAUGGAUGUUUUUGUUUCACUGGCCUGCCACCCAGGUUACUUUAUCCUCCAGUCUUGGCAAGAGAUGCACAAUUUAGAAGUGCUGAUGGAAGAAAUGCUUCUGUAUUAUAGCACAGCAGAAGAUGGAGCUGUUGCUGUUGAAAAAAACAAAAUCUAUGCAGCUAAAGUAAAAAACAAGUGGCACAGAGUGUUAAUAAAAGGAAUGUUGGCAAAUGGACUGGUGUCAGUAUAUGAGCUGGAUCAUGGUAAACACGAGCUGAUUGGCAUCCAAAAUGUAAGGCCUCUUGUGGAUAUGUUCAGAAAGCUGCCAUUUCAGGCCAUAACAGCCCAGCUUGCAGGAAUAGAAUGGCAGCAGUGGUCAGAGGAAGCUUCAGUAGUCUUCCGAAACCAUGUUGAGAAGAAACCUCUGGUGGCCCAGGUGCAGACAGUUAUUGAAGGGAUUAAUCCAUGGGAUCGCAAAGUAAUUGUCUAUUUGGUGGACACAUCAUUACCAGACAAAGAUAUAUGGAUUCAUGAUAUUAUGAACCAAUUGUAAUGGAGAUCGCAAAGGGGACAUACAUUAUUUUAAAACUCUAAAGGAUUAGUAACUUUAGCAAUAACAAUAUAAAUGUUAAAAGAACAAUUACUUAAAUCAGUUUACUUCUAAUUGACUUUUGAACUGUUCUGUGCUAAAAAUUUAUAUAAAUAAACAUUUCUGUUA